AUGGACCCACCCCCUGAUCUUUCCCCAGAUAUUAAGAGUGUCAUUUUCAACAAACUUGACCAGGAGCUGAACUGUGUGAUUCUAAAUGCCUCCUUGCAUGGUCUAUACACUGGCACCAUAGUGGUCACUUUAUGGACUAUAUUCUCUUCUCCUAAGCGCUUAAAAAGUACAUUCCUGUGUACCACUAUCAUUAUGCUCUAUGUUCUCUCAACAAUAUCAUUCACGACGAACUGGGUGUCUGGGCACCAUGCAUUCAUUGAGUACAGCGACAAUUAUUUUCAAGUGUUUGCAGUGCUGCAAGGCUUUGGACCGUGGUGGAGAGUGAACUACCUUGUAGAUGGUGUCAUGGGAGGUGUAAGCACACUGCUCGUCGACAUUGUUAUUGUAUGGCGUUGUUGGACUCUCUGGGAUCACCAAUGGCGAGUAGUUCUUAUUCCAAUGAUAUGCACCAUCGCUGGUACAGUGAUGAAGACCAUGCAGAUCUUCAGUUUAUUCCACAAUUUCACCCAUGAUAUCAGCAAGACCGUACACCUCGUAGCAGAUGUUAACUGGUCUUUGAUCUACAUCUUGCUGACACUCACCACAACCCUCAUGUGCACGAUCUUGAUUACUUACCGCAUCCUUCGGAAUACUCCAAGGAUGACUGCUUCCCGCAACAUUGUCGAGAUGCUGAUUGAGUCCUCGGCGAUGUAUUCUCUUUCCUUAAUCAUUUAUCUUGCACUGGUUUCGAAGAAUUCACAAUCGGGAUAUUAUGCGGACAUGAUUGCUGCUUAUGUCAAAGUUAUUGCCCCAACUCUCCUAGUUGGCCGCGUUUCGGCCCACGCUAAUGUGCGCUCUCGCCGACAACAGAUGGUUGCUAUGUUAGAGAACCAUCCUCCCUUGGUCGGCUGUUUUAGGGAAGAGUGCACCGAAAAUAGCCAUGCAUGCAAUGACCCGAAUGAUGGUCAUCAAACGGUGUCGGGAAUGUCGGGCGAGGAAACUGUAUGAUCUCCGGGUCGGCACUGUCACCAAUAGAUCCACUUGAGAUGCUGUAGAUGGUUUCGUGUCAAUCAAGAUACCCCGUCAAUUCACUAAUGUAUCGGAUAGCCACCAUAUGAUUACUACACAUUGUGAUCUUGAUAUACACUACCGUCCAUGUACGACGGUUAAUUUAGAAGCUUAUUUAUAAUUGCGAUUCAAGAG